AUGGAUGUUGAAUUUAUAUUAUCAUCUGUUUUAAUAGUGCAGACAUCAUAUGCUCCCGAUGAAUAUUGGCAAUCAUUAGAAGUUGCUCAUAACAUGGCCUUUGGGUAUGGCUAUCUUACUUGGGAAUGGAAAGAAGGUCUUCGCAGUUAUUUACACCCAUUUAUAUUUUAUGUAUUUUACAAGAUUUUACAUUUUUUCUCUAUUGAUUUCCCUCCUAUUCUCAUUACACUUCCCAAAAUAUUACAAGCCAUACUAACUGCUGUAUCAGAUUAUUACUUUUUUUUAUUAUGUAGAAAUUUGGGAUUGAAAGAAUUUUGGACCAAAUUUUCCAUUUUCACAAAUUGGUUUUGGUAUUAUUGCGGUAUAAGAACUUUGACUAAUACUUUAGAAACAUGUCUCACAAUUUUAGCACUUUAUUUUUACCCUUGGAAUAUUUUUUUAAAACAUCCGAAAAAAAAAAAAACAAUAAAAUAUUUAAUUUUUGUUUGCCUUAAUUGUUUAAUUCGUCCUACGGCAACUACCAUAUGGGGUCCACUUGUACUUUUUCAACUUUAUAAAUUAAACUUAAUGGAAAAAUCAAAAUUUGUUGUUAAUUGUUUAUUGCCUGCAGUAUUUUUGACAUUGCCUCUGUCAAUUAUUAUAGAUCGGAAUGAUGUAAAAAUUUCAAAAAACAAAAAUAAUCCAAUUUUUUUUAUAUUUGUCUUCGUAAUAAUAUUUAAUUUAAUAAUUCUCUCAAAUGUACCUCAUAAAGAGUUUCGAUUUUUACUACCCUUAGUUCCUUUGAUGAUGAUAUUAUGUAUAAAAUUCCAAUCGGAAUAUUACAUAAAUAAAAACAAAUGGAAGUUUUUUUGGAUAUUAACUUCAGUAUUCAGUUUUCUCAUACCUUCCGUUUUACUGGGAUUAUUUCAUCAAAGAGGACAAUUUCAUCUUAUGAGUUAUUUAAGGAAUGAAAUUGAUGUUUAUAAAGAAAAGUCUUCAUUCUUAUUUUUAAUGCCUUGUCACUCGACACCACUAUACAGUCAUUUACAUCAAAAUGUAACAGUAAAAUUUUUGGAAUGUGAACCUCCAUUAAAGGAAAAUAGUUAUGAUGAAAGUGAUGAUUUUUUCAAUUAUCCUAUAGUUUGGCUAAAUAAUUAUUGGGAUAACCAAAAUUUGCCGACUCAUAUUGCCUUGUUUGAUAAUAUUGAUAGUUAUAAAAUGGAUCAUAAAAUUUUUCACACUGUUUUUGCUUUGAAAAAAAUGGGACGAUAUAUUUUAGUCUACAAAUAUUAUUAUUAA